CGGUUGACGUCAUCCUGCGAUGAAUGAACAUUGACUCGCAGAAGUGUAUGUGGCACAAAGUCAAGACUUUGGUGAAACGCUUGCGAGAGGCAGUGCGUGCCACGAAGACUGUCAAGCCAUCUGUGGUGGGCGCUUGCGAGCACGUUCGCGAGGUGAGGUGUUUCACAAAGAAGGAGCUCGAAGCGUGGCUCGAGACGAAGGGUGUGCGCGUGCCUGGGGCUGCCACGAAAAAGAAGGACGAGCUUAUGAAGAUAGUGUGGGGUGUGUUGUUUCCCAACGAAGCAGGGAAGCCGUUGGAAGAUAACAUUGUCGAGAUCGACGCGUUGGAGGGCUUGCAUUGGAAUGCGGCGGAGGAGGCGAAGGAAUGGUUGUACGGUGCUUGCCAGAUGCGCGAACGGGUGCGGGAUGACAACGAAGAUAUGUUGGCCUCACAUGUGCAACACCUGACCGAUCAUUGGGCUGGGGAUCACUCGAUGUGCGGCAAGGAGUUGUCGAACCUGUGCAAGCCGGCUGGCGGUUCAGAGAGAGAGUCAUUGUAUGAGGCUGGGGGUCGGGUUCAUGCUGCCGUUUCUCGAUGUUUACAGCAGUUCGCUUCCAACACGAAGAUGGCAUACUACACACGUGCGAGAAUGACGUUCAACAACGAAUGCUUCCACUCUGUGAUCAACAAGUACUGCACGAAACGAUUGAACUUCCCAAAGUUGUAUGAGGCGCGGGUUUGUUGCACGACACUGGAAUGGAACAAGAACAAACGAAUCAGGCCAUCGCACACUACAUUCCACAAACCCACGAACGUCACCCAUCGGCGACGCUCCGUAAGACGUCACGUUUACCCCGGUCGCGACACAUCGUGGCGAUUCGACAUUGCAAUUGAAGUUAUUGGGAGUCCUCGGGUCGGUGACUGGGCCCGUAACAUGUUGCAUCAAUCAGACGUCGACGACCCGAUUGUUGAGCAUGUUGUUGUUGAUGCUGAUUUCGGACUGCUGGUUGCUGGUGAGUGCGUACCCCGGGGUGACGAAGGUCAAGGUGCGGACAUUUUGUUCGAGUCUACGAGCGACGAUGACUCGGAUGAUGAGAAGUCGCCAUCGGAUUCCGGAUGCGAGGGUGCUGCUCAGCGCCUCGACUUUGACGGCGUCGUGCUAUCGCACGAGGUGUCUGUUGUGCGGGAGUGAUAGCGACCGAUAGUCUGUUGUGCGGGAGUGAGAGCGGCAUUUGGUCG